UCCUGCUGUCAGACCAUGGACUGCAUGCAACAGACAAUACACAACAUCUGUGGUGUGUUCACUCUGCAAAUCAUGCUGAAGCAUUUUUCUUCUCCAGAGAAAGGCAAUGACACAGGCCACUGCCGACUAAAGUUAGUCAACUUUGAGGCCAAUGAAAACCACAUUUCCCAUGAGACACAGGGACUCAGCAAAAAGCACCUGGUGGUACGACGAGGGAAACCAUUCAAACUCACUUUGCUAUUUCACAGCCCAUCAUGGAAUCCUCACACUGAAAGACUGUUCCUGGAGGUUUGGCUAGAUGGUCUGUCAAAGAGGAUCCCAGUCCAGUUCUCUGACAAGCAGCCUGACCCCCAAAGCUGGUCAGCCAAAAUCUACCCAGGCAACAUGCAUCCUCAGUCAGUCACCAUCCACAUCUGCUCCCCUGUUCUAUCCUCGGUCGCCCUGUAUCAAAUCCUAGUCCACAUAGAGACCAUACAGAUCAAAAUGAGCUACGAAGUGGGAACAUUUGUGCUACUCUGCAACCCUUGGCUAAAAGAUGAUCCAGUGUACAUGCCACUGGAUGUCCAAAUACAAGAGUACAUUAAGAGUGAUUAUGGAUUGGUGUACAUGGGCACCUAUCUAAACAUUAGUAGGCGGCCGUGGUCGUUUGGUCAGUAUGAGCCUGGGGUCCUAGAGGCAUGUCUGAAGCUCCUGCAGGUCAGCCCCCAGCACCUCAGUGACAAACACAAAGACUACAUUCUACGAGCGGACCCUGUCUACCUCAGCAGGGUGAUCUGUGCUAUGGUGAACUGUAAUGAUGACCUAGGUAUUUUGGAGGGGAAGUGGCAGGGCAGCUACAAGAGUGGUGUCAUGCCUACAGAGUGGAGCGGCAGCGCUGACAUCCUUCACCGCUGGGUCUCGUCUAACUGCAGCCCUGUGCGCUAUGGACAGUGCUGGGUCUUUGCAUCUGUCCUCUGCACAGUGAUGAGAGUGCUGGGGAUUCCCUCCAGGGUGGUGACAGUUUUUAACGCAGCCCAUGACAGUGAUGGCAGCCUGAAAAUUGAAGAAUUUUACUCGAGCACAGGGGAAAAGCUCAACCUGUCAAAGGACAGCAUUUGGUUGGUGUCUCUUGCUCUCAAUCCACAAAGGAACUUCCAUGUGUGGGUGGAGUGCUGGAUGAGGAGACCAGACCUUGGUGCAGGGUUUGAUGGCUGGCAGGUAGUGGACCCAACCCCCCAGGAGAAGAGUGCAGGGAUCUUCUGCUGUGGCCCUUGCCCAGUAGUUGCCAUCCAGCAACGUUGCCUUGCCGCCCCUUAUGAUACCUCAUUCAUCUAUGCUUCUGUUGAUGCUGAUGUCACACGGCUGAUCGUGCGUGAUGGACUGGUGGUGGGGAGGACACUGGACACUGAGUUGGUGGGACAGCUGAUCUACACCAAGAGCCUCGGCUCAGACACACCAGAGAAUCUGACACAGACUUAUAAGAGUAAGACAAGGGGGCAACCAGCAGGCACUGUAAGAGGCACAGCGAGGACAGGAGGAAUGUCACCCAGUUUGAAGGUGACCCUAGCCAUAGAUGGGGUGCCAUCAGUGGGUGACAGCAUCGUCAUGUGUGUGACGGUCACAAACCAGUCAAGCAGCCCCAGGGUCCUGAUGGAACACCUCAAUGCUCAGCUGAAAGAGUAUAACAGCAGCCCAGAGAAGAGCUUCUGGAAAACACACAAAGAAGUGCACAUAAAGCCGGGUGAAGUUUUGACGUUCUACCACACCAUCUCUCCCUCUGAGUAUGAGUCGGUCCUGGCAGGUGAUCACAUUGUGAACGUGGCAGUGGUGAUAAAGGACAUGAGGACUCAUGAAAGAGUCUUGACUACACAGGAGUUCAGCAUAAGCUCACCAAAGAUAACCAUAGAGAUCGAAGGAGGGGACAUCAUCCAGAUGAAGAAGGAGCACACAGCCCAGGUGUCCUUUAUCAGCAUGUUUACCAAAACUCUGAAUGGGGCUGUGCUGACUUUAGAGGGAUCCGGCUUGUUACAGGGCAUACACAAGACCAGACUGGUUCUCCUGCAGCCAGGUGAGAAGAUAGAAAACAAGGUGGCCAUCAUGGCCACUUCACCUGGCACUAAACUGCUGAUAGCCACUUUCUCACACAGCAACAGCCCCAGCAUCGUUUCCAGGAGCUUCCACAAAGUCUUUGUCAUGACCGCAUGACACUGAAGAAUCCAUCCUCAAAAGCUUCAACAACAAGAAACAACUUCUUAUAUCUUUUGAGUAGUAUUAGACCAAUAGAACACAUUUAUUUCUUUGCACUGAGACAUGCAAAAGUAUGCUUUUUUAGUCUUACAAUAUUGUAUUUUGAUAUUUUUGUGAACACAUCUCAGGCAAAUAACCCCACUGUGAAAACACUUCACUACAAUUAAAAGUUCUGCAAGUACUAAUUGCGCAGGAAAAUGGUCCCUGUCAAUGUUUUACUAUUAUAUAUGAUGUUUCUGGAUUAAUAUUACUGCUGCAUUAAGGUGUAUGUUGCAUUUUACUGCUGUAGAUGUUUCAGGUUGAGCUAAUUUUAACUGCUUUAUAUAUUGUUUAAUCUACAGCAAUGCAUUAUAUUCUUCAAGAUCAUCAUGUGUUUGCACUAUUUGAGAAUUAACAGUAUGUUAUUUUAGAGAAAAUGUGUAUAUCGAGCCCAUGCCUUUGACUUCCUGCCAAUGCGGUCAGUCGGUUGACACCUGUGACUUUGCCUUACAAGUCAAAGUUACAAGAGCCAAGCCAGAGAAGCGUGUGUUCUGCACAUUAGAGGGGCAGUCAAGAGACAUAUUGCACUUUAAUUAAGUUUGAAGGGCAGAUUAAAAAAAGAAUGAUUAAAACCAAAGCAACAAAGGACGAGAUAUCCGGACUUUACCGCCUGGUAUGAGUCACUUUAAAAACUCUAGACCCUACACUUACACAGACUCAUAAUGUAAGAUGAUAGCAUCUUUUGUUAGACCCUCCCUGUCUAGUGAAUGACUGGUCUUUCAAGCUCUGUGCCCCCAGUUUGUAACAGCCUUUCUGUUCAAAAUUUGUAGCCUCCAAACCCAAUUUGUGAUCAGUCAUGUGAUGUCAUUUGAGUCAUUUUUAAAGCUUAUUCAGAGCCACAGAAGACAUUAUACAAUAGUUUCACAGGCUCCACAUGGUGUUUAAAUUUUGAAAAUGAUUUGUAAAUUGAUUUUGACAUGUAAAAUAGUUGGAUUGACCCUUUACAGUUUAGGAUGGCUUGUGCAGCAUUGCUGUAACUCAAUAACACCACUAGGUGGCAGCAUUGGAGUAUCCACUUUGUGUGUCUGUGUCUGAUGUUUUCUCUGAAAAUUACUUACUGAGACCUCAAUCACACACUGAGACCAAGAAAAUAAAAAAUGAUUCUGUUUUUAUA